GAGCGCGAUGGCGCCGCUGCCGGGGCGGCGCGGGGGGCCCGGGCUCGGGGAGGCCCUGCUGGGGGCCGCCCUGCUCGGGGGGGUCCUGCUGGCCGCCCGCGCCGACCCCGACCCCCACCGAGACGGGGCCGAGCCGUGCCGAGCCUGCCGCGGCCUCGCUGACAGCUUCAGCAGGGGCCUGGAGCGGACAGAGCAUGAGGGCUUUGGCGGAGGCAACACAGCCUGGGAGGAGGAGAAGCUGUCCAAGUACCAGCACAGUGAGACCCGUCUCCUGGAGGUGCUGGAGGGCGUCUGUGCUCCCUCGGACUUCGCCUGCCACCAGCUGCUGGAGCGGAGCGAGGAGCAUGUGGAGCAGUGGUGGUUCCACGAGCAGCAGCAGCACCCCGACUUCUUCCAGUGGCUGUGUGUGGACAGGCUGAUGCUCUGUUGCCCACCCGGCACCUACGGCCCGGACUGCCGGCCCUGCGCCGGCGGGCCCCGGCAGCCCUGCAGUGGCAAUGGGCGAUGCGAUGGCGACGGCACACGCCGCGGCACCGGCCUCUGCGUCUGCAGCCCGGGCUAUGGCGGCCCCUUCUGCGCCGAGUGUGGUGACGGCUACUAUGAGGCCUCGCGGAACAAGAGCCACCUGAUGUGUGCUGAGUGCUACCAGGCAUGCGGGCGCUGCACGGGGCCUGAGGACUCCAGCUGCCUUCGCUGCAAGAGGGGCUGGGUACUGCAUGAGCACCGCUGCAUCGACAUCGACGAGUGUGGCACAGAGAUGGCGCAUUGCCGAGCCAACCAGUACUGCGUCAACACGGAGGGCUCCUACGAGUGCCGAGACUGCUCCACGGCUUGCAUUGGCUGCAUGGGUGCCGGACCAGCUCGCUGCAAGAAAUGCAACAAGGGCUACUGGCGGGAUGGAGCCAAGUGCCUGGAUGUGGACGAGUGUGCCAGCGCCGAGGAACCGGUGUGCACCGGAGCACAGGAGGUGUGUGAGAACACAGAGGGCAGCUACCGCUGCGUCUGCGCCCAAGGCCACGUCCGCCGAGAUGGGCAGUGUGUCGAGGACAAGCCCCCUGAUGCCCCGGAGAAAGGCUUCUUUGACGAUGUGACCGACGAUGAGGUGGUGGUGCUGCAGCAGAUGUUCUUUGGCGUGAUGAUCUGUGCACUCGCCACGCUGGCUGCCAAGGGCGACAUGGUCUUCACCGCCAUCUUCAUCGGUGCCGUGGCCGCCAUGGCCGGCUACUGGCUCUCUGACCGCAGUGACCGCGUCCUCGAUGGCUUCAUGAAGGGCAGAUAGCUCUGGGGCUGCUGGGCAUGAAUGGGGAGGCAGGCUCAGCCUGAGGUGUGGGGCCCCCCCCAGCAGGGCUGGCUGACGAGGCUGCAUCCUGCACACAGUGCUGUGCCCUGCAUGCGUCCCCCAGCCCCGCCUUAGCGUAGGAUCUCGUUUUCUCCCCCCUGCGGAAAGAGCCAGGGGUACCUGAUCCCAGGGGCUCCCACACAGUCUUCUCUGUCUGGAGGGGUGAUGCCAGGCAGUGUGGCACUGUGUGGGGGGCACAGCAUGCUGCCUCCAGCCCCUUGUGCUCUGAAGGAGAGACCUGGAAUCAUGGCAGGUGGAAGUGGGGGGGCAGGUGAGGGGGUGAUCCUGCUACCUGCCCCCAGGCUGGGGCUGCUGUCUCUGUUAGGACCCCCCUCCCAUAAGGCCAUUCCCUGUGGGGCAGUGAAGGGCUAGGUCCCCCCUCUGCCCUGAGCUGUGGGGCUGGGAGAGCUGCCCCCCCAUGCCACCUCUCCUCCCCAUGUCCCUGGGCAGAGCCCAUCUCCCCUCCCAGACUGGACGGGCUGGGGGCCCCAUGUUGCUGGGGGUGCCAUGCUGGGCGAGGAGGGGCCCUGCUGGAUGCAUGAGUGUGGCCAUUGCAUUUGUCCGUGGUUUGUCCAUCGGGGUGUGCCCAUCUGUCUGUGUGUCCAUAUCUCAGGAAAUAAAGCUCUGCACACCCAG